GGAAGCGGAAGCGGCGGCUGCGGGACGACAGUCCGCGCGAGUCCUGGUCUUGGUCCCACGUGUUGGAGUUGCUACAAUGGAAGUCAAAGGGAAAAAAAAAUUCUCAGGAAAAGGCUCAAAGACAUCACAAGAGAAGGGAGUUUCAAAGAAAAAUGAUUCUAGUUCUUCAAAGAUGCUCCCAAGAAAACUUGUUAAGGAUGGCAGACCUAAAACCACACCUAAAAACUUUGAGAAAAGUGCCACAAAACUUGGAAAAAAGGGUGUGAAACAGUUCAAGAACAAGCAGCAAGGGGAUAAGUCACCAAAGAAUAAAUUCCAGCAGGCAAAUAAAACUAACAGGAAAAGAAAAUUUCAGUCUAACAAUAAAAGUGAUGAAUCAGCAUCCAAGAAACCCAAAUGGGAUGACUUCAAAAAGAAGAAGAAAGAAUUGAAGCAGACCCGGCAGCUCAGUGAUAAAGUCAACUAUGACAUUGUUGUUCGUGCUAAGCAGAUUUGGGAGAUCAUAAGGAGGAAAGACUGUAACAAAGAAAAAAGAGAGAAGUUGAUGAGUGAUUUGCAGAAGUUGAUUCAAGGGAAAAUUAAAACUAUUGCAUUUGCACAUGAUUCAACUCGUGUGAUCCAGUGUUAUAUUCAAUUUGGUAAUGAAGAACAAAGAAAACAGGCUUUUGAAGAAUUGCGAGGUGAUUUGGUUGAAUUAAGUAAAGCUAAAUAUUCCAGAAAUAUUGUUAAGAAAUUUCUCAUGUAUGGGAGCAAACCACAAAUUGCAGAGAUAAUGAGAAGUUUUAAGGGCCAUGUGAAGAAGAUGCUCAGGCAUGCUGAGGCCUCGGCCAUCAUAGAGUAUGCUUAUAAUGACAAAGCCAUCUUGGAGCAGAGGAACAUGCUGACAGAGGAACUGUAUGGAAACACAUUUCAGCUCUACAAGUCAGCAGAUCACCCAACUCUGGAAAAAGUAUUGCAAGUACAGCCAGAAAAACUAGAGCUUAUCAUGGAUGAAAUGAAGCAGAUUCUCACUCCAAUGGCCCAAAAAGAAGCUGUGAUUAAGCACUCAUUGGUACAUAAAGUAUUCUUGGACUUUUUUACUUAUGCAACGCCAAAGUUAAGAUCAGAAAUGAUUGAAGCCAUCCGAGAAGCAGUGAUAUACCUGGCACACACACAUGAUGGCGCCAGAGUAGCCAUGCACUGCCUUUGGCAUGGCACACCCAAGGACAGGAAAGUAAUUGUGAAAACAAUGAAGACUUAUGUUGAAAAGGUAGCUAAUGGACAAUACUCUCAUUUGGUUUUACUGGCAGCAUUUGAUUGUAUUGAUGAUACGAAGCUUGUGAAGCAAAUAAUCUUAUCAGAAAUUAUCAGUUCCUUGCCUAACAUAAUAAAUGACAAAUAUGGAAGGAAGGUUUUAUUGUAUUUACUAAGCCCCAGAGAUCCUGCACACAUAGUGCGAGAAAUCAUUGAAGUUCUACAGAAGGGAGAUGGAAAUGCACACAGUAAGAAGGAUAAAGAAAUUCGCAGGCGAGAGCUCCUGGAAUCCAUUUCUCCAGCUUUGCUGAGCUACCUGCAAGGACAUGCCCAAGAGAUGGUGUUAGAUAAAUCAUCCUGUGUGUUGGUACCUGAUAUUUUGGGAACUGCCACUGGAGACGUUCAGCUUGCCAUGAGUGCCAUCGCCAGCUUGGCAGCAGCAGAACUACAUCCUGGUGGAAAAGAUGGAGAGCUUCAUGUUGCAGAACAUCCUGCAGGACACCUAGUUCUGAAGUGGUUAAUAGAACAAGAUAAAAAGAUGAAAGAACAUGGAAAAGAAGGUUGUUUUGCAAAAACAUUAGUUGAACAUGUUGGUAUGAAGAAUCUGAAGUCCUGGGCUAGUGUAAAUCGAGGUGCUAUUAUUCUUUCUAGUCUUCUUCAGAGUCCUGAUCAAGAAGUUGCAAACAAAGUAAAAGCUGGUCUGAAAAGCCUAAUUCCCACGUUGGAGAAAAACAAAAACACCAGCAAAGGCAUCGAAAUGCUACUUGAAAAAUUGACUGUGUAAAUUAUAACAAAAUUGAAUCACUUUUUAUUUUGCUUUGUAUUCCCAUUGUGGAAAAUGUUGAUAAUUUGGGUGCUUCAUAUCUUUCUUUUUGUACAAGAAUCUAUUUAUAAAAUAGUUUCUUAAAGGGGUCCUUUUAAAAUUUUUAUCCCAGUCAUCUCUGUUAUUGUGUAGUAAGGAAAUCACAGUGUGAGGCAGUAAUGAGAAAGAUUUAAUAGCCACGUACAUGGGACCAACCAGAUAGAUAUAAGUUAGUUACUUAACUUGUAUUGAUUCCAGAGAAAAGGCUUCUUAAGAACCUCCUCUGAGAAGGAGGAGGUAGGAUUUGAGAGGGCCUCAAAAGAAGGCAGAUUGCUAUGAAUGAAACUGGGAGUUUUUGCAGAGAGCAAUAAAAUAAAACUUUUGAAUGGAAAACCCAAGGGGCUUGGUGGGCACAGGGA